CCACGUGACCGAGCUCUGGCAACGCUAGCACGGAGGCUAACAGGACUUAGCUGCGAGAAAUCCCCCGGACGAGCCGAAAGCGCUCUUCGUCGUUCACCUAAAUCUCGAGUACCGUUGCGCUUGGAGGCGAACGCCGACAGCACGAUGCCAGAGCCAGCUGAGAUGAGCGGUCCAGAGGUCGCCAACACACCGGGAGGCGGAGCUCCAGGAAAGGAAGGGAAAGAUCCCGUGGCCAAUGGGCACGCAGGAGAGAGCCCCGACGCUAACCCGUUUGCCGAGUACAUGUGGAUGGAGAACGAGGAGGAGUACAACAGACAGGUGGAGGAGGAGCUGCUGGAGCAGGACUUCUUGGAGCGCUGCUUCCAGGAAAUGCUGGAGGAGGAGGACCAGGACUGGUUCAUCCCGUCACGUGACCUCAACCAGGGAGUGGGGCAGCUGCAGCAGCAGCUCAACGGGCUGUCGGUCAACGAUCACCACAGUAACGUGGAGGAGGUGGCGAGGAAGAGCAUGUUGAACCCUGAGGCAAAGGAGUUCGUCCCAGGAAAGAAAUAUUAGGAGUCCCCCUCACCCCCGUGGAGCCUCCAUGACACAUGAGCCCUCACACACUCUGAGACUCUUACGGCCGUGGCCGCACACACUUCUCACACACACAC